GGUAAACGGUUUGUUUAUUUUCGUCCACGUUGUUCGUACUUCUGAAUUCAGCUCGUUCCGUUUAACCAUACGUCUUGACAAAUGUAGUCGGUCGAAACGUGAAACGGGAUGGACCAGAACGCAGAGGAGCCGGUGAACCCGGCUUUGUUCCUUUCUGACGAGGGCUUUGCCAUUUCUUUCCAUUUGAUCCUCACUGAAGAAGAGGAGAAGAACGCGCUUGCGGAGGUGAUAUGGAACAGCGGCGGACGCGUCGAACAGGAAUAUUGUCAGAUGCAGCCCAAAACUGUCCUACUCGUCGAUCAGCAGACAUACGAGAACAGGAACGACUUCAACAGGAUAGCCUUCAAACACCAGUACAUAAAUGACUGCAUUAGCAAAAAUGAACUAUUGAAUCUUACCGACUACUUGUACUACAAAGACGUAGAAGACAGCCCGGAAUAUUUUCUAGAUGUCAUCUAUUACAGGAUAAGAGAUUUUAGGCAUAUCGAGAAAUUUCCAGAUGAAAAGGAUAACUUGUAUACCGUGAUGUCGUUAUCACCGAUGUCUUCCAUGGGGAGUCCUCGAGGUACAUCUAGUUCUAUGGUGGAUUCAAACCCCACGAGAAAAAUGCUAUUACCUCUAUCUUUUAACUCUACAUCAAAAGGAAAUAAGGCUUUUUUCAGUUACGCUUCAAACGGAAUCUUGCAGUCACUGUCUUCCUGGACCUCUCCCGAAUCGAUAAGUGCAAAAAGCAAAUUCAGCAGGAGCACGUCGAGCAACAUAGCCUUAAACUGUUUACUUAAAACACUCAACCAAUCUUCAAAACGCCCCAAAGUUGGAGACUUUAAAUUUCACAAGAUUUCACGAUUAAAAGUCAAAUCGCAAUCCAAAGAGGUUAAUUUGUUGAAUAAAUCUAACCAGGACAAAAUGGAGGAUUCCUCCCAAGCGAAAACUGUAUCUAAAGCGACACCAGAAACAUCGAGUGAUAGCAAGGGCUUGCAAAUUGAAAACAUAGAAAAUCAAGAGAACCAACAAAAUAUCAAUUCAAACCAACAGAGAAUGCAAAAAGAUGAUGUAAAUAAAAUUUUGAAAACAUCUAAAAAUAACUGUGAAGUCAAUAAUGUAACCAAAGACAAAGUUUUAGAAAAAGGAAAACAGAAACCUGUAGUACCAACUAAGAUAAGAAAAACAAGAUUGAAAGAUGAAAAUAAUGAGGAUGUUAAAAAGAUUAUUAAGAAGAAAAACAGAAGUGUUGAUAAUUUAUCAAAACAAAAUAAGUUCACUGUUUACAGAAAUGAAGAUAAUAGUUUACAGCAAAAGAAAUUAGACCAAGCCAAAAGAUUAACAAAAGAUUGUUUCAUGUGUAAUAUUAAAAACAAAGAAAAAUUGAAGAUCAAAAAUACCAAAGCAAACAAUUUAUUUAAAACUGAUAAUAUAUUAAAAACACAACUAUUGGCUAACAAAACCAUUCCAACAACGAAGCUUGUCAGGGCGAAGUUUGUUGUAAAAGAAUCAAUUGGCAAAAAUAAGAAAAAAGAAAGUGUAAAAAGUACAAGCCUUUUGAAACAAAUUGGACAUGCAUCUAUCAGGAAGAAGUUGAAAGAUAGCAAUUUGAUGAAUAAAUCCAUUCUUAGUCUAAGAAGUUCAACAAAUCUCAUGAACCGUUUGGAAAAUAUAUCUAGAGAUUCGACAGAAAGAAAACCUGUAAAUAAAUCUGAUUUGAAACCUAUGCAAAUCUCUUUGACAAAAUUGAAGUCUAAACAAAACCAACAAGAUUUCAACACAUUAAAAAUAUACUCAGAAGGACAGCACAAAAAUUAUUCAAAAAAUAAGGCGUUUGAAGAGAAAGAUAGGUUGCGACGAUUGAUUCAGCAUGCCAUCAACAGGCGUGCUAUUGUUAGACUGACAAGAAUCCCGUUGACAGAACUUGCUUGUUCAAGUGGUGCAAACAUAAAACUAUGCUCAAAAUCGAAAGAACCUCCAUCCAUGGUUACAACUAGACAAGCAAAAAGAAACCAUUCACAAGAUUGCAAUGCUAUAAAAAGAAAACAAACCUGUGAUAAAAGGAGUACAAAAAUGAAGAUCUCAGAAAACAAUGUGUAUAAAAAUAAACUUAAAACAUCAAAUAGAUUCAGGGAAAUUAAGAAAUUACAAAUGCUCACUACUAAAACUAAUACAAAUUUAAAUGUUAAAUUGAGAAAGGAAAAAAGUACGCCAAAAAGUUCUUGUUCAAGAAAAAAUACUAAUGGAUUUCGAACAGCCUGCUCAAUAAAGGAAAAACAGGAUUCAGAAGCUGAAAAAUCUAAAAACAAAACCAGUCAUACAAAAAUAGACAAAUUGCAAGUCAAAAGCUCUACAAAAUUACAAGAUAUACGAAUAACACGAUCUGCAAAAAGACUAGAAUUAAAAGCUAAAAAUAGUAGCAAAUUAAAAGGCACUGUACCAUUACAAAAGACAUCCCUUGAUAUGCCAAAAAAGAAAGAAGCAGAAUUUAUAAAUGCACCAUUAAAAAAAGUCAAUAUUUCAAAACUGACCGAAAAGGAAAUUAAAAAUGUAUUAAAUAAUAAAGACAUUCCAGCUGGUUUUUUGAGUAUCCUCAAGGCAAAAAAUGAACUAAAAAACGGUGGUUUGUCCAGAACUGUUCUAAAGUCUUUGAACAAUAUAAAUAAUAUAAAAAACAAAAAUAGAAACAAUUGUAAAGAUAACAAAGUACAAAUUAUUAAAGUGCUAAGAACAUUGAGGUUAUUGCGUAGGAUUGCUCUCAACAGCAAUAAUUCAUAGGGGGCCCGCCAUUGGAAAAUUUAAAGGUUUUUUGGUAAGAUGAUAUAGAGUGAGAAAGUUCUGUGUGUAAUCAUCUUUAAGUUCAAAAUGAACACUUGUAAAUUAAAAAUAGUAAUUGUAAAAAUUAAUGUACAGAUGUAACAAAUUUAAAUAUGCCUCAGCCACUAUUUUCUUAAUUUUUAUUGUAACAAUUGUUAUUGUAAGAAAGUUCUGUGUGAAAUUGAUUUUAUGUAAAAAAUGAGCAUUUGUAAAUAACUAAAAUAAUAUUUUAAAGUUAAUACACCGGUAUAACAAAUUUAGUUUUGAUAAUUGUUACUGUUAUUAAAUGUUUUGAGUUUUGAUAAUUUAGAUAACUGAGAUGUAUUAAAAAAAAUUGUGAUCAAUUUAAAUUA